UUGCUGGGGGUGGAGGGCAGUAUUCUUUUGCCCUCUCCAAACCAAUCUGGUAUCUUCCCACAUACCCUCCUCAACCUCUGCUCCCCAGAGGUCCCUUCCAAAGUAAGGUGCUGGGGCCCUGGCACUGACAGGAGGACCCAGAGCUCCAGUCUGGGCCUGUGGCCUUGGAUGGUGUCCUCCUGUAGGAGGGGAGGGAAUUGCAGAGAGAGAGCUGUAGGGUUGGAUGGCCGGGAGGUGGGAGGUAAAAGGGGGGACCUUGUCUGCCUGCGUCCCAGGAGCCUGCCAGCUUCUCUGAACUCAGGGAAAUGCUGGAUUUCACCUGGCUUCCGGUUGGUCCGUCACCACUUUCUCAGAUUCUGUUGAAUUUCUUUCGUCUGGCAGGGGCUGUAAUUGUAGCAUCACAGAAAGACCUGGGGAGGUGAUCCAGUGUGCCCAGGGAACACAGAGCCAGGAAUAUGGUCAGCGCUCAGCUGGGCCGCCCACUCCUGGGCCAGGUCUUGCUUGCAUCACAAACCCUGCUGUGUGAACUCUCCCACUGGGCGAGCUGUGCCUGGUGGUUGCUGCCCAUGUGAGAGCUGGGCUUUCAGCCCAGCAGGCUUUUUCUAGGCCCUAGGUGCUCUCCUACCUUCCCGGAAUGCCCGCCCCCUCAUGCAACUCCUCUCCCAGCCUGCCCUGCUCAGGGAGGCCCAGUGCCCUGGAUCUCAGCAAAACCUACUUUACACAUGGACCAUUUGCUUCUUCCACUUUGCCACUUAGCAAAUCCUGAGACCCAGUCAAGCAAGCCCGCUUCCUCCAGGAAGGCAUCCCAGAGUACCACUCCUGCGUUGGAAAGCUGCUGUCUGCAAGGCUGGACCUGCCAGACCCUGGAGCCCCAUGGAAUCAGGCGCCUGAGGGGCAGUGCAGGCAGCCACUGAACAUCUCAGUCAGGGGCUGGUGACUGCGGCUGGAAGUGCCCAUGACAGAGCUGGCGUCCCCGGGGGGCGGGUCCCCUGCGGGGGACGGGGAGGAGGGUCUGGGGGACGAGCGAGGCCUGGUCAUCCACCACCCCGCGGAGGAGCAGCCUCACCGCUGCCCACUGUGCGGCCAGACCUUCUCGCAGCAGCCCAGCCUCGUGCGGCACCAGAAGGCGCACGCUGGGGUGGGCCGCGCGGCCGCCUUCGUGUGCCCCGAGUGCGGCAAGGCCUUCAGCGUCAAGCACAACCUCGAGGUGCACCAGCGCACCCACACCGGCGAGCGGCCCUUCGCCUGCCCGGAGUGCGGGCGCUGCUUCAGCCUCAAGCAGAACCUGCUCACGCACCAGCGCAUCCACAGUGGCGAGAAGCCGCACCAGUGCGCGCAGUGCGGCCGCUGCUUCCGCGAGCCGCGCUUCCUGCUCAACCACCAGCGCACCCACGCGCGCAUGCCCGCGCCACACCCGCGCCGCCCCGGCGUGUUCGGGGAGCGGCGGCCCUACUUCUGUGCCCGCUGCGGCAAGAGCUUCGCGCGCGAGGGCUCGCUCAAGGCCCACCAGCGCAGCCACGGCCACGGGCCCGAGGGCCAGGCGGCCCAUUUAGGCCGCGUGCUCUGAUGCGCCCCAGGCCUGCUGCCGCCCCUCCCCCGCCCCGGGCCCGCGUCCACGACUCCCGGAGAUGGCGCUGCCCUGCGGCCCCCGUUCUGGAUGCGAUCCCUGGAGACGGGGAGGGCUGGCUUGGGGUCUUGAAGGAGUGGGCCACUGCCUGGCUUGGGACGCCUCCUUCCGUGUCUCCACCCUCUGGCUGGCAGCGCACAGCUGUUCUGGGCCCCUGCAUUGGUUUUGCUCCUCAGGCUCACCCGGCCUAGAGUAGAAUGUCAGAGUUGAAAGCCACCUGGAGAGGGCCACUCUCCACAAUGCCCAGGCUGCCCUCAGCCCCCAGGCCGUCCUGGCUCUAACACUUCUUGUGUAUUUGAGAAGUCAUUUCACUUCAUGACUCAGUCUCUUCAUCUGUGAAUUGCAUUUAACAAUAGACUUCUCCCUGGGAUAUUGUGAGGAUUGUAGUUAAACAUUACCAGAUGUGGAGUGGGCAGGCCCUCUGGGCGGUGUGUCAGGCACAUCUGGGCACAGAGCCUAGGAAUGGGGCCCUGUGGGGGCCUGCCCACUGGCAUGAGGAUACAUCCCCUAAGAAGACCUACCUCGGGAGGUGCCCUGCAGAGGGGACCUGUGCAGCCUGGAACUGGAGGUGGGUUCUGUGCCCCUGGUGGAAGAACUCCCCAGACCCGGUGGGAGUGACAGCUGGAGAAGAGCUCGUCCUGGCUGCCCGGCCACAGUCCACUCUCCUGUGGCCGCAGGGACAGUGCCUGUGUGGAGAGCCGGCUUCUCUGCACCUGCAUGGCCCACCGGAGACAGGGAGUAACUGGCCCUAAGAGAACACAGCGAGUCGGUGCCAGACCUGGCUCUAGAGGCAAAGCCUUGCCCCAGGGGUGACCCAUACCUGCAGCAGGCUUCACUCUCAGAGCGAUGGUUCUUAGUGUUUGGGGGGCAUGAAGCCCUUUGAAAAUCUCACAGACGUUAUGAACCUUCUCGCCAGGAAAACACGCAUACUCAUGUAGACAUGAGAAUCUACAAGCCAGUUCAGAGGCCCCGGACCUAACCCGUCACUCCUUCCUCACCUGGCAUAGAGCCUGGGCCACUGUACAAGUAGCAUUUCUCCCUCCUCCAGCUGAACUUCCUUCCCUCAUUCAGGAACAAAGGAUUCUGAGGAGGGGACCCUUCCAGUCACUCUCUUCCCCUGGGCCUGACAGUGCAUCAGGCUUCUGGAACCUUUCCUCCCUUCCGCGGACAUUGCUGGAGGCUCCCUGGGCUGGGUUUGCUCUUCUCUGGUUCGGGGCUGCUUUGCUCUGGCUACCUGGCUGCUGGUUUUCGCCACGCAGCCUGGACUCCGAUUUCACCGUGGAGGUGGAGAGGAAAGCUGGACCUUCCGUGGAUGUGGGGUGAGCACGAGCCUGGGCCCAGUCUACCUGGGGGAGGGAUCCUGCUUCCAGCAGCCAAGUGCAGCAGGGCUGUCUCCUGCCAGACCAGGGUUCAGCUGCAGCCGGGCAUGGUGUGGGGAAGGCUGGGGAGGAAGACCGAGCCUCUCUCCUGGGGCCUGCCAGUGUAACGUGCGUGGACAGUGGGAGCAGGUUGGCCUGGGGCUCACUGGCCUCCUCAGAAUGAACCACUCAACCUGAAAAGGUGUGGCCGGGUAGGGCUGGGAUGGGUUUUUGAUGACAACCCAGGCGUCAUGUUGCAGGUUAUAUUUAGUGAAACCCUUGGGGGUGGGGAGAGGCCUAUAGACAUGGGAUUUAGAUCAUAGCCCAGCAAUGUGAGUCGUGGGGGGCACAGUGGAGUUUGUUUAGGUGGGAGGUCCCAGGGCCAAGCCGGGGUUUGGUUAGGGUUGUCGGGAGGCCUCCCUGGCUCCCAGCCCGGGACCUUGCUGGGCCUGUCUCCCAUGCGGUUUGGUGCAGAGGUUCUUAUGGGCCAUCUGCCAUCUGCCUCGUCCUGGAAUACCAAACCACUCUGGAGGAGCUCAGAGGAAGAGGAACAAUCUGCACUCUAGAAGCUUUCACGUGCUCUGAUCCUUGGCCCGCCUGGACGGAGCCUCACAGAUGGCACCCCUUCUCCGUGGUUGUCCUCUCCUCUCCUCCCUUCCCUGUAACUGUGUGGCCCACAGCCGCUGUUGCCUUCUCCGUCUUCCCUGGAAUUGCUCCAAAAUGUGGACCUCCCCUGCCCUGCUGAGCUCUCUUCUCUGCCAGGCCCUCCAUCCUUGUCCCCCGAACAGUCCCUGUGUGACCACGCCACCUCACCCUCGGGUAGCACGUGCAGCCUUGUACUCGGGUUUUCUGUGCACGUGUGCAUGUGUGUGCUGAAUCUCCAGCUAGACUGUGAGCUCCCUGAGGGCAAGGGACGUGCCAUGUCUUCUUGAACCCAAACAGGGUCCAGCACGGGGCUGGGCUCAUAACACUCAGGAAAUACUUGUCGAAUAGCUGAUGGGUCAAGUGCUGGGGGCUGUGGGGUGACUGGUGGUGAGGAGGAGAGGGCCCGUGAAUUCACACGUGGGUGCAUUUUGCCUGGGCCAUGAGCUGGCUCGCCUGGGGCGGUAAUGGCUGUAGGAGCCCUCAGGCAGUGGGACAAGAGGGACCCCCCCCCCCCCAUGGCUACGCAGGAGUGCGCGGGAAUGGUGUCCAGGCUGGAUAUUUCCGUUGGUCACUAAGACCUGCCGGGGCUGACCAGGUGGAAUAAAUAUUCUCUUGACAUCAGCGGGAGUGAGCUGUGGUCAUUUGGGGCUCAGCCGGGAGCAGGGCGGUGGCUUCUAGUUCUGCCUCCAUCCUAUCUCGAGGAGUUAUGUUCCGUGGUUGCCAAAGCCUUUGGAAAACAUAGCUCAGAAGGCACAGCCUCGCAACGAUGAAUAGCUUAGCCACCCC